AUGUCGACUACAAGUAAAAAGCCCACCGCCACCGACGACAUGCCUCACGGUGUCCCCAGGGACAUUGAUGACGAUGCAUCUAGUCCAGCAAAACCUGCCCCCAAGCGCCCCGUAGCUGACGGCUCCAAAACCGACGUCCGCCGCCGCAGCACCCAAGAGGCAGCACCCAGUCAAAGUCGACCUCGCCGCGAAGAAACGCCCCAGAAGAAGGAGACACCACAGAAGGCUGUGCCCAAACCCGAUACCGAGGAAACAACCCAAAAGAGAGAGACAGCCCAGAAAGCUGCACCCAAACCUGAUACCGAGGAAACACCCCAGAAGAAAGAAAUAUCCCAGAAGACUGCGUCCAAACCCGAGCCUGAAGAUAUCCAUGACUUAUCAGAGCCUAAUGGCCUCGACGCUAUAUCCAAACCAGAAGGUGAUGGCCAGAUUUCCGAGUCCGAGGAACCCAUGACAACAACCCGGCGGGAUAAAGCUAGACCCGAACUCAGUGAUGAAGAAAAGGCGCAAGCCAUAAAAGCGUGGCAAGAUGCAAAAGCAAUGGGAUUGAAUCUCGGCCAGAUGAACGCUGAACCCACUCGCUGGCCCCUCAAGAGCGAUGUCUUCCAGGCCAAGACAGCUUUGGACGUCUUUAGCCUCGACUUGUACAGAAUCCUUUUGGGAUUGCUGGAAAAGUCUACGGCGCCACAACUAAUUGACAUCAUGCAGCAGAACCAGCGAGUCAGAGACUACAAUGCGGCGCUUCGCGAUAGGAGAUACACCGGACUUUUGCCACUGAUCACCGAGAAAGGAGAAUUACACGAAUUACUUUACAAAAGGGAGAAGAUGCCGUCCAAAGCUGGAAACAAACAUACCAUGGACACAAUUGAGAGCUUGUCCCCCGAUGAAAAGAAGAGUGUUCUAUUCACAAUUCGGGAGCUUGAGAACUUGACACCCGAUAUCAAGCAAAAGAUUCUGAACGACCUCAAAAUGACUGGCGCCCUUCGAUUCGAGUCUCUGGAUGAGGACCGUGAGUACAAAGCUGAGGCAGCUACCAUGCAACUCCGCAUAGCAAUGGGCCUGCCUGCAGUUUAUAGUGCAUCUGGGUGA